AUGGCGACUACUAAGGGUAAAAGUGUGGCUGCUGAGCCAGCAACGCUUGAAUUCCUAUUGGAAAGGAGGCGCAUCAAUCGGCAGAGAUACACCAAGUUGGAGAAAUCCUUGUUCCGAUAUUAUGAUGAUGUUCUUCCAGCAUUAGACGAUGAUGACCGUUCACCCGAGAAUGAGAUUAAAGUGAGGGCAGCCAUGUCUGCCAGAGAACAGUUGAAGUCAGCCUACAUGGACUUGCAAGAUACUCAAGACCAAGUGGAUUAUCACAGAGAUAACGAGGAGAGGCUGAAGGCUAUGUCUGACGACCAGAGGAGAAGAGAAGAUAAGGAUGAGCAAGACUAUAGAGAGAGGUACUUCAACUGUGAUGCCAAGAUCCAGAGGUUGGAGAAAGACUGGUUCAGGCCGACAAAGGAGAGGAGUGAGAGUGAAGGCAAAGGAUCCCAUCAUAGUAGCCAGAGCAACAUUGAAGUGUUAACAAAGGGUUUAGCAGAGGCUUUUAAAUCCAUGAACAAUGGAAUAUCAGGAGAGCAGCUCACAACCAUCUUGUCAACUUUGACCAAGAAGAAGAGAGAGCUACCCAUACCAAAAUUUAGCGGCGAUCCGCAUUUCUUUGAUCAAUGGCGAGAGCUGUUAGAAGCGGAGUUGGCGAAGCCAGGUUAUUCGGAGGUGGAAAAGACGCACUUUACCAUUACAUUACUAGAGGGCGAGUGUAGAAAGUUAGUAGCGGGUAUGAAAGAUCCUGAUUACCAAGACAUCCUCCAAGUUUUAGAAAGCAAGUAUGGUGACGUGGAGAGUUGUGUGCAGAAGGCUGUAAUCGAGAUAGCCAACAUGGAGGCACCGAGCUCCCUUGCACUAAAAGACAUGGAGCCAUUCUGCCAUAAGCUUGUGUCAGCAUGGAAUUAUAUUUUAAAGAAAACCGAGGCUCUAUGUGAACUAGACGAAACAAGUUGGAUUUUCACGGCAUUGGUCAGGCCCAAAAUUCCCAAAACACUGUUGCGAAAGUGGGAUGGCGAAAAGCUGAAGGCAAAAACAAAGUCGACUUUGCCUCUGAAAUUUCCCGACUUACUGGAAAGGCUACUCGACGCCCUGCAAGUUACCCGAAGGACGGAAAUGGAGGGGGGAAAGCGACCAACCACAAGUAGUAGUACUUCACACUCACAGAAACCAGAGAAAAAACAUACUAGUACUAGUUAUGGCAAGCCAAGUGCAUAUGCAUUGAAUGUCAAUGCUACAAGUAACCCUAAAGCUGGACAAUCAAAACAGAAGACGCAGAGUCGAACUCCCAAGUGCCCUGUAUGCCAAGAAGCACAUCUACUUUAUCAGUGCCAGACCUUCAAAGCCAUGAGUGUCAGUGAUCGCAUAGACAAGGUCAAGAGUUUAAAACUUUGUUUUAACUGCUUUGCUUCGCAUUAUGUCAAAGACUGUAAUUCAAGACACUGUCAGAGAUGUGGGAAGAAACAUCAUACCUUGAUCCAUUAUGAUCGUGAGCCAGAGCUACCGGAAGAAGAGCAAGUACAAGGUCUACGUCAAAAAACGGAAUUUCCCAAGAGUGUAGGACUUGUCAAGGCCAUUACAGGUCCAAAGGAGAUAUUGAUGCAAUCCACUCUAGCAAGAAUCGAAUCACGAGGAGCAAUUUCAGUAGCGAGAAUCUUAUUUGAUACAGGCAGCGGUGUAUCAUUCAUAAGUAACAAGAUGGCAAGAAAACUGGACUUGCGAGGACCCAAGGUUGAGGCAGAAUUUUCACUAGCCGGUGGUAACCAGAUGAGAUUGAAAACAGAGAGAGUUAAGUUUCAUCUAUCAAGCGCUAUUCCUAAUUGGAAAGGUGAGGAAUUUGAGAUAGAGGCCUACACAGUUGAUCAGCCUAGCAUGGACCUCAACUGCGUGAGAGUAGAUUUGUCAAAGCUGCAACACUUGCAGGGAUUGCAGAUAGCAGACACAUACCCCCGUGAAUCGGCUGAAAUUGAUGUUAUGUUGGGGCUAGAGGAUACCACAAACAUCUUACUGCCUGUUAGAAAAACUGGACCACCAGGAAUGCCAACUGCCACAAAGAGUCAUUUUGGAUGGGUACUUUCAGGUAUCUGCCCAGUAGAGGAGCCAAACCAACGACAUGGAAAGAUUGGUAUGGUAAACACGUGUCAUAGAGUUUCCUUGGAGAAUGAAACUGACUUUGCAGCCAGACAUUGGGACCUAGAACACUUGGGAAUAUUACCUAAUGAGGUCAAGCACCAAGCCACAGAAUUGGAGACUGAUGCAUUGCAGCAGCAUCUUGAUAAUACCAAACUCGUAGAUGGUCAUUACGUCACAGGUUUGAUUCGCCAUCCGGACUGGAAGGACAAGUCUUUAGAAUCAAAUCGAACCUUAGCAGAGAAACGUCUCGAGGGGUUGGAAAGAAGAUUACAGAGGGACCCAGACUUGGGAAAGGCCUACCAAGAACAGAUCCAAGAGUUAGUUGAUAAAGGGCGUGCCGAGAAAGUUGAGGAAUUGGAGAAACAAGCGCAAGCAAUAUGGUACUUGCCUCAUCACCCUGUUGUUAGAAUGGAUAAAUCAACCACAAAGGUGCGUGUUGUGUUUGACGGCUCCGCCAAAGGACCAGAGGGGGUGUCACUAAAUGACACAUUGUUGAGUGGACCAGCACUGCAGCCCGACCCACUUGCCAUACUUUUGCGUUUCAGAAAACAUAAAGUAGCGCUUGUAGCAGAUAUAGAGAAAAUGUUUCUUCAAAUCGGCAUGCAAACUGGAGAUCAAGAUCUACAGAGAUUCUUAUGGCGUGACAUGGACACUAGUAAAAAACCUGAUGUUUACAGGCUGAAAACAGUAACAUUUGGUCUGAAAUCAUCUCCAUUUUCGAGUAUCAAAACUGUAGUGGACCAUGCACUCACACAGACAAAGGAAUACCCAAAGGCUACUGAGGAAAUAACAGAAAAUAUUUUCGUGGAUGAUGUACUGUCUGGAGAAGACAAUACCACAGCAGCAGCAAGCUUAGCAGUAGACAUGAAAACAGUCUUGAAAUCUGGAGGAUUCCCACUCAGGAAAUUUGUGUCCAACAAACCAGAAGCUUUGGCUGGAUUAGAGGAGUCAGAUCUUGCCUGUGGUAUAGUAGUCGUCACUGAGGAACAAUUUACUACAAAAACGUUGGGGAUCAAGUACAUUCCUAAAGAGGACGUACUAAUGUUUUCCUUUUGCGAGAGGAUGGAAAAUGUACCCUGUGAAACUCGUAGGACUGUUUUACAACAACUUCAUCGAAUUUACGACCCGAUGGGUUUGUUAGCACCGUUCACUUUGGUAGCCAAGCGGCUAUUCCAACAGUCCUGGAUGGAUCGUACUGACUGGGAUGAGAAGUUAUCUGAUGAACUUCAUCAGAACUGGGUACGUUGGAAGGAGCAAGUUUCUGAUCUGGAUCAGAUAAAGGUCCAGCGAUGUAUAGUUCCUGAGAGCUUCACUCAACCUAGAUUCACACUGCAUGGUUUCGGUGAUGCGUGUGUAGCAGCAUAUGGAGGAGUAGUUUACGUCAGGGUUGAGGACUUGCCAACAGAGAGAGUGCACACAGCUGUACUGUGCUCUAAAACUAGAGUGUCACCACUUGGAAAGAAGAGAAGCUUACCAGAGCUAGAGCUCAUGGCUGCGCUAAUCACAGCACGCUUGGUAAACUACGUUCAACGUGAAAUCAAGUUGGAAAUAGAGGAUGUACACUGCUGGACUGACUCACAAGUAGUACUUGCCUGGAUUAGCAAACCUGCCUACACUUGGCAGACGUUCGUUGCCAAUCGCGUGAGUGAGAUACAGAAUCUAGUACCACCUAGGAAGUGGAGUCAUUUGCCAGGGAAAAUUAACCCCGCUGAUCUAUGCUCGAGAGGAUGUUCUGCUGAAAGCUUAGUUAACUCGCAACUCUGGUGGGAAGGGCCAGACUUCCUAAGAAAAGAAGAAGAAAGUUGGCCAAAACAGCGAAUUGACACAGCUGAACUGGAAUUGGCUGAACAGAAGAAAAAACCCAAGACUUUCUCAGCACUGCAAGUCAAAGAGAAAACAACUGACCAAACCAAAAGUGAGCAGCUGAAACUAGUGGAGAAAUAUGAGAGUUACCACAAGUUUCUGAGAGUGAUGAAUAGAGUCCGAAGCUUAAAGUACCGAGUGAGGAGAGGAGAUGGGCAACAUGUUCGAGAAGAAAAUGCAAUCUUGACUCUCACUGAUCAAAGAGAAGAGGAGUUGUAUUGGUUACGUUGGGCUCAAGAACAAGCAUUUUCAGUGGAAAUUCAUGCAGUACAGAAUAAUCUUUCGAUUCCUGCAAAUAGCCGCUUGAAACAGCUUGAUCCGAUAUGGGAUGAGAAACUGAAGUUACUCCGUGUUGGGGGGAGACUACACAAAGCACUACUGCCAGAUGAGCUUAGAAACCCCAUCAUAUUGCCUAAUCACAAUAGAUUUGUGGAAAUGUUGAUAAUCCACUAUCACAUCAUAUUUGGACACACAGGAGUUGUUCAAACCUUGUCUAACUUGAGAAGCAAAUACUGGUUAGUAUGUGGCCGGCAGGAAAUUCGCAGAGUCCUACCAUGUAAGAAAUGUAGAAGUGCCAGAAAAUUAGAGCAGAAAAUGGCGCCGUUGCCAGAGGAAAGGGUUAAUGUAUCGCCACCAUUUACCAACAUUGGAGUGGACUAUGCUGGACCACUCUAUGUUAGAGAAGUACAUGUCAGUGGAAAACAUGGAGCUGGAAGCAACAAGGCUUACAUCCUCAUAUUCACAUGUAUGGCCACCAGGGCAGUGCAUUUAGAGCUGACAGCAAAUUUGACAACAGAGGAGUUCCUACAAGCAUUGAGACGCAUGAUGAAUCGGCGUGGAAAGUGUUGUACCAUCUACUCCGAUAAUGCAAAAACAUUUGAGAGUGCAGCUUCAUUGCUUUACCGUUUGUUCCACAACAAUGCGAGAAUCAAGGAUAAACUCAGACUGGAAGGAAUCGAGUGGAAGUUCAUAACUCCUAGGGCUCCAUGGCAUGGAGGAUUUUAUGAACGACUUGUUGGAAGUGUAAAACGAGCUCUCUCAAAGAUUCUCAGAAAGGCCAGCCUGACAUUUACCGAGCUUCAGACCGUGCUCACUGAUGCAGAAGCUCAAGUCAAUUCUCGACCCUUAUCGGAUAUCUCGGCUGACAAGGAGGAUCCUCUUCCAUUAACCCCUGGUCACUUGAUCAUAGGAAGAAAUCUGCAGUUGCUACCAUCUGUAUACAAGCCAGAGUUGUCACUUGAAAGGAGAUGGGCCUAUCAACAGAGGAUAUCCAAACAGUUUUGGAAAAGGUGGACAAGUGAAUACCUUGUGGAAUUACAGCGCCGUUCAAAAUGGACAGAGAUACGAGAUAAUCUGCAAGAGGGAGACAUCGUUCUAGUGGCGGAGGACAACAUCAGAAAACUAGAUUGGGCACUAGGACGUGUGAUGGCCACACACCCAGGAAGAGACGGGCAUCGAAUAAGUUACAGGCGCGCCACAAAGGACUCCAAAAAGAUACCACCGAAUGCUGCAGAACUUGUUAAAGCAUUUCAGAGACAAGUUGCGGACACGUUACGAGAACAGAACAUUCAACCAGAUCAUCUUUUCAAUAUGAAUCAAACGUUCGUCCGUUAUGACUUUCCUCCGAACUACUCGAUGGACAACAAAGGAAACCACGACACCGAUAUCCCAUCUUCCAGGGGCAACCCGAAAGAAGGAUACAAGAUGCCACGGGGACAGAGCGCUGCAGAGAAGCAGCGGGAAUACCGGCAAAGAAGGGAUGCAGAUCCUGAUAAAAGAGCCAAUUAUCUCGCCAAAAAGAAAGAAACAUACAAACGGGAGUUAGAAGCAGGAAAGAGAAAACAUGUAGCAGAUAUGACCGCACGGGAGCAACGAGCUAAAAGAAAAGAGUGGAAGGAAUACAAGGCUGAAUCACGUUCGAAGCAAAGGGUUGAAUUGAUGACGCCUCCAGCAACCCCAGAUACAUUGUCACCUGAACACGAAGAGAACAGAUCCAGUCUCUCUGGAAAGAAGGUCUACAAUGGGACGAACCAUUGUCAGCAGCUCUAUGUCGCACAUGGCAAACUAUUGCUGAUGACUUACAACUCGCCUCUACGCAAUGCCAUAUCAAAUGGCAUUACUUUCCAAACCUUGAUGCUAGCUCAACAGAGCCUUGUCACCUUCAUGACUUUGGGGACAGUAGCGUCAAAGCCUACGGCGCAUGAGUCUAUCUACACUGUGGAAAUCAAAUUGCGUUAG